UGUAUAAAAAAAAUAAAAGAUCCUCUCUGCAGCUACUCACUGUCACUAGCAAAAAAACCCUGAAGUAGAGAUGGCAAGAUCGGGAUCGUUGGCUGUUACUCUGCUGUGGACUUUAGUCCUUUUCGGAACUCUGACUCUCAUCCAGGCGAAGAAGUCGAAGGAAGAUUUGACGGAGAUUACCCAUAAAGUUUACUUCGAUGUUGAGGUUGAUGGAAAACCAGCUGGUCGCAUUACCAUCGGACUAUUUGGCAAGACAGUUCCAAAGACCGUAGAAAAUUUCCGGGCACUCUGCACUGGAGAAAAGGGUGUUGGAAAGAGUGGGAAACCUCUUCACUACAAGGGGAGUGCAUUCCACAGGAUUAUUCCCAGCUUUAUGAUCCAGGGAGGUGAUUUUACACUUGGUGAUGGUAGAGGGGGAGAAUCAAUUUACGGGGAGAAGUUUGCGGAUGAGAAUUUCAAGUUGAAGCAUACUGGACCUGGAAUUUUAUCAAUGGCAAACGCUGGUUCUGAUACAAAUGGCUCACAGUUUUUCAUCACAACAGUGACAACUAGCUGGUUGGAUGGCAGACAUGUUGUGUUUGGUAAGGUCAUAUCUGGAAUGGAUGUGGUUUACAAGGUUGAAGCUGAAGGCAGGCAAAAUGGCACACCCAAGAGCAAGGUUGUUGUCGCGGACAGUGGUGAACUCCCUCUAUAAGUGCCCCCCCCCCCCCCCCCCCCAGACCAGCAUGUCCGGUGAUAAUGGGUGUUCUUUUCACAUCAUGUAGAAGAAGACGGCAUAUGGCCUUUAUGAAAUGCUUUCACGUAAGAACAAUGUACCAAAUGCAAUACUAGUGAUGGAUUGUUAUUUGGCGCACGUU